GGAGGAGAGGGGGGUGCAUAGAAUUUAGGAUGAAUAGAUCACUGAGGCACUGUGUGAGACGGACUGAUAGAGAGACGGAGGAACCAUGAUCACCCCGUCUACUCGAUCUGUGGUGAUGUGCCGGGCUCUGAGGGCCUCCACGUCUGGAGAUGGAGGAAUGAGCUCUGUGAUGAUGGAAAGGAUGAAGGAAGGAACGGGUGAGGUUAUAGAGGAGAGGAUGGAUGGAGCGAUGGAGGACAGGAGGACUGGAAAAGGAAGUCAGGGACUAGUGAGGAGCUUUCAGGAGAUUCCACACACCGGACGUAAUGGCUGGAUCAACCUGCUGCACUUCUGGAGGAACGGAACCUUCACCCACCUGCACAAACACAUGGAGCAAACAUUCAACUCACUGGGACCCAUCUACAGGCAGUAUCUGGGAUCUCAGUGCACUGUGAACAUCAUGUUUCCAGUGGAUAUCGGUGAACUCUUCCGUUCUGAAGGAUUAAAUCCUCGCCGUAUGACGCUGCAUCCGUGGGAUACGCACCGGGAAACACGCAAACACAGCAAAGGCGUUUUCCUCAAAAACGGAACUGAAUGGAGAGCGGACCGGUUGUUGUUAAAUCGGGAGGUGAUGUUGAGUUCAGCGGUGCGUCGGUUCCUGCCCUUGUUGGAUGAAGUAGCGAGAGAUUUUAGUGGUUUACUGCAGCGUAAAGUUCAAUCUGAGGGACAAAUGGAAAACAAGGCUCACACUCUGACCUUUGACCCUAGUCCUUACCUGUUCAGGUUCGCUCUGGAAGCGAGCUGCCAUGUUCUUUAUGGAGAACGUAUCGGCCUGUUCUCGUCCCAGCCGUCUCAGGAAUCCGAGCAGUUUAUUCAUGCUGUGGAGCGAAUGCUUAAUACGACUCCACCCCUUUUGUACAUACCCCGCCCACUUCUCCGCCUCCACGCCCCCCUUUGGAAACAGCAUGCCACUGCAUGGGACCACAUCUUUACUCACGCUGAAGCCAGGAUCAAGAGAGUCUAUGAGCGGCUUCAGACACAGGGAGGCAGUAUUAGUGGUGCAGCAGAGGUUUCUCAGUUCUAUGGAGUAUUGGGGCAGCUAAUGGAGAGAGGACAGCUACCGCUAGAGCUAAUCCGAGCUAACAUCACUGAACUGAUGGCCGGAGGAGUCGAUACGACAGCAGUUCCACUACAGUUUGCUCUGUUUGAGUUAGCACGGAGCCCUGAGGUUCAGGAGCAGGUACGAGCUCAGGUUCAGUCAGCAUGGGCAAAGGCCAAUGGGAAUCCUUUUAAAGCUCUGCAAGGGGCACCACUGCUCAAGGGCACGAUCAAGGAGACGCUCAGGUUGUAUCCAGUAGGUAUUACAGUACAAAGAUACCCAAUUAGAGACAUCGUACUACAGAACUACCACAUACCAGCUGGGACUCUGGUGCAGGUGUGUUUGUACCCUUUGGGGCGGAGUCAGGAUAUCUUCCAGAAUCCUUUGAACUUUGACCCUGGUCGCUGGGUUGGUAGUGAGUCUGGAGAGGGGCGUAGCAGUAACAACACCGCCGCAGAGACGGGCACUGGGGCAGGAUUUCGCUCCUUGGCAUUUGGUUUUGGGGCGCGACAAUGUGUGGGACGGAGAAUCGCCGAAAACGAGAUGCAGCUUCUUCUAAUGCAUAUACUAAGGCAUUUUCGGUUGAGUGUUCCAUCCACAAAUGAUCUGAACACCAAAUACACCCUCAUCCUCCAACCAGAAUCUCCACCCACGAUCACCUUCACCACCCUCCCUCACUGAUCAUCACUCAAUCAACCAAUUACUUAGCCAGUCAAUUAGUCAGUGAGAAACGUUUAAGUGUGAUUGUUUAUUAGCUGUAAUUACUGGAGCCAGAAACACAUUAUUUAAUCUUUAAACCAUAGAACCAGAGAGACUGAACCAGUGACAUCACUGCAGGGGAGGGACUCGCCUCCCGAGAAUCAAGCAGAAUCAACAAAUGGUCACUUAGAUCAGAUGUUUUUCUCUUCUGAUGUUUGAUGUGAAGAAAAACUAAAGCUUCUAAUUCAUGUCAUGUUGAGUGACUUUAUCAAGCAGGUGUUCCUAAUAAAGUGGCCACUAAGUGUAAUAUUAA